CGUGCCGCCACACGCGCACCGGCAGCGCUGUGAUCGAUGUCCGCACCGCACACAGUAGUCUAAUUGCACUCCCAGCCGUUGCCUACAUGCACCCAUCCUUCCGCUGUGCCCUUCCUCGGCUGCUCCCAAUCCGAUCGCCCGCAACGCGCCCCAUCCCUACUCGCGCCCACUGCGACGCCCGUCGUCCGCCCUGUACCAGCCUCUCGUCUCGCCGUGCUCCAUUUCAAGCCACGCCCGUUGCCUCGAGCUUUCCGGACAACUCGGCAGGAUGCGUCGACAGGGAUCCCUCUCGUCACCACUAGCGUCGACUCGGCUGUUUAACCCUCUUCGGCCGUUCUUGGUGCAUUUUUACACAUGCAGACAACUAAACACAGCCGCUGCUAUUAUGCAGCCGUCCUGCACACUCGAAACAAACUGCCCACAGUCCAGAGCCCCGCCGUACUCUGGUUCGCUACCAUUCAGCUCUCGUAUUGGCCCUACGCGCCGCUGCGCAAGGGGCAGCGUCUGAGGCUCAUACCGAACUGCCUGCGUACCGUACUUGCCUGGGCGACGUGGGGACAAGGCUUACACGCACACACCACCAUCGUCGCAGCAACUACCAAGUGCGAUGGCCCUCGCUGUGUCGCCCGCUGUCAGCUAUUCUGGGGUAAGGCAUGCACCGCACUGACACGCACCGUGUCGAAUCAAAACAUUGUGUGCUUGAACACAACAUGUCCCUCGUUGGCAGCCUGCAGCCAUGCCGACGCAGUGGAGGUGCUACUGCAAUGCCACUCAUACGUACCAGGUCACGGUUCCCGGCCUGCAGCUAGGUUGACUCAUUCAUGCAUGGCAUACAUCUCCAUCCUCACCUUUUCGAAACAAUGCUCACCGUCCUCGUGACAACUCAGAGCUGCCCGGAAGAUUGCAAUGCAUCAAGUCCGUCC